UUUUUUAUAAAAUGAAAUUUUAUAAACAAUACAUUAUUAUUUUACUACAAGUCAUUAAUUUACAUUUCACAGUUGCCGCUUUUCAAUUACGGCAUCCCGAAAAACGUAUUGUUGGAGGAGAAAAUAGUAAUAUUUUUAGGGAGCCUUACCAACUAGCAAUGAAGUUAUCUGGAACACUUAUUUGUGGUGCAGCUAUUAUCAACAGAUAUUGGGCAAUAACUGCAGCGCAUUGUAUAGAUACCAUGAAAGGAUUUCAACUCUCAGAUGUUAGCCUAUAUGCUGGAAGUACUUAUUAUGUAAUAAAUGGAACAAACCAUACACCUUUACUAACGGUGAAACAUCCUGAGUAUAAUGCUUCAACUAAUGAUAAUGAUAUUGCAUUAAUUAAGGUAUCACCUCCUUUCUAUGAUUAUCCCAGUGUAAAAGUUAACAGUAUAAAAUUACCAAAACCAUACUCAAUAGUUCCAGAUGGAGAAUUGUGUACUGUUUCUGGAUGGGGUAGCGAAGCACCUACGUCUGCUGAUAUACCUAUAAAAUUAAGAUCUGUUGAAGUUCCAAUAGUUAGUCAAAAAGUAUGCCGUGAUGAAUAUAAAGAAUUGGGUGUGACAGUGACAGACAACAUGAUUUGCGCGGGCUAUCUAAAUGGUGGAAAAGAUUCAUGUGAAGGGGAUUCUGGUGGACCUUUAAACUGCCAUGAGACGUUAUGUGGUAUAGUAUCAUGGGGUAGUAAUACUUGUGCAGCUAAAUAUAAAGCUGGUGUUUAUACACGAGUAUCAAAUUAUGUAUAUUGGAUUCUUAAAACAAUGUAUACUUUAUGA